AUGCCUAUUGUUCUCAAAGCAAAGCACAGCAGACACAGCUGUGAUCUUAGUUCUGAUAUCUCCCCCUAUAGUUACUCCAGAGACGGAGACAUUAUCUUUGGUGGCAUCAUGCAAAUAUUUGUAUAUGCAGCUGGAGGGAAUCAGGAUUUCUCACAGAAACCAGAUCCUGUAUCGUGUUUUGUGCCAUCUUUGCAGUUUCUGCGUCAUCUAAUUGUCUUUAUUUAUGCUGUUGAGGAAAUCAAUAACAGUGCUGAGAUUUUACCCAACAUCACAUUAGGUUUCCAAAUUUAUGAUUCCUGUAUCAGUGAAGUAGUUGCCUUAAUGAGCACUUUUAGUAUUUUGUCAGAAAGACCAGAGCCCAUUCUUAACUUCAUCUGUCAAAAAAGACAAAAGACAGUUGCGUUUAUUGGGCACAUGUUGUCAUCUGCAACUCACACCAUAGCUGGAAUUACUCAACUGUAUGGAUACCCUCAGGUAAGUUAUGGUGCAUUAGGUCCAAUGUUUAACGACAGAGUAAGGUUCCCAGCCAUUUAUCGAACUGUUCCCAAUGAAUAUUCCCAGUUUAAAGCCAUCAUUCAACUUUUAACCCACUUUGAAUGGACAUGGGUUGGGAUCAUUAUUUCAGAUGAUGACAGCAAUCUCCAGGCUAGUGAGGAACUUAGUAAACAGAUGAGGCAAAGUGGAAUCUGUGUUUCUUUUCUGGAAAGAACACCAAAACCAACAGAAAGCAAUGGGGAGGGCAUUCUUAAGGUGAUAAAUGUGAUUAAAAGGGCAUCUGCCCGGGUGAUCAUUUUAUAUUGCAGCACUGAGGCCUUUAUAUAUUUGCAAUCAAAGCUUAAGGGAGUCAGAAAGGUAACCUGGAUAUCUUCUGUUACAUUCAAUUUUAUUACUGAUUUUCCAUCUGAAACAAAUUUACAUGCAUUUACUACAUUUAAUGGAUCGUUAGCCAUUUCCUUGCACAGUGAAGAAAUACCUGGAUUUGAAGGGUUUUUUUCUGAAGCAACAUUGGGAAACAUGCCAGGCAACACAUUUAUUGAAGACUACUGGCUAUUCAAUCAUGGAUGCCCUAAUGUUUCACUAGACAGCAGAGGCAAUCAAUGUCUGAAAGAAACAUAUAAAAAAAAUAUUUUGAUGCUGGAGGGCAAAUACAGAAUCACCUAUACAACUUAUAUGGCCGUCUAUGCUCUGGCACAUGCUUUACAUGAUAUGCAUUCCUCUACAAGUCUCCUCACUAAUUUACCUAAUGUAUUUUCUGGCAAAAUAAGAAUGAAGCUAAAUCACUAUCUGAGAAAUGUACAUCUGAGAACAUCUUCAGGUGGGGUCUUUCGUUUUGAUGAGAAUGGGAAUAUUCCUGGCAUUUUUGAUAUCCUAAAUUGGAAUGUUUUUGAAAAUGGAACAAUAACUAGAACUCAGGUUGGCAGCUUUUUGAUCUCUAGAGUUCCACAGCUCCUCAUUGAUGAUUCUAAAAUUACUUGGAACCCACAUUUCCAUGAAACUCCCUUUUCAAUGUGCAGUAUACCCUGUUCCUAUGGUUUCCGAAUAGCUCAUCAGAUUGGUCAAGCUCCCUGUUGCUUUGAUUGCAUCCCUUGUUCAGAUGGAGAAAUAGCCAAUAAGACAAAUAUGGAAAACUGCUGGAUCUGUCCAGAAGAUAAGUGGCCGAAUCCUAAAAAAGAUAAAUGCAUCCAAAGGACCAUAGACUUUGUCUCUUAUGGAAGCAUGUUAGGAGACACAUUAUCCAGCAUUGCUUCAAUAUCUCUUGUGAUAACUGUGGCAGUGUUAUUUGUCUUUGUAAAAUUUCGGAGAUCUCCUAUAGUCAGAGCAAAUGAUCGGACUCUUAGCUACAUCCUCCUCUUAUCCAUUAUGUUGUCAUUUCUCUGCUCUUUUCUCUUCAUUGGCUAUCCUGUGAAGGUGACCUGCAUGCUGAGACAAGUUGCCUUCGGGUUCAUUUUUACGGUGGCUGUGUCUUCUGUUCUGGGAAAAACAGUUACAAUCAUUAUUGCCUUCAAUGCAAUUAAACCUAACAGCACAUUCAAGAAAUGGAUAGGAACCAGGAUAUCUAUUGCCCUAGUUUUUCUUAUCUCCUUUGGUGAGCUGUGCAUUUGUAUCAUUUGGUUGGUAUGUUCUCCACCAUUUGUGGACACUGAUACAAAGAGUGUUGUAGGCACAAUAAUUAUCCAAUGUAAUGAAGGCUCCUUCGCUGCUUUUUAUGCAAUGAUCUCAUAUAUUGGUAUAUUGGCUCUGUUCAGCUUCAUUCUUGCUUUUAUAGUACGAACGUUACCUGCCAGUUUUAAUGAUGCUCAGUGUAUAACCUUCAGCAUGCUGGUGUUCUGCAGUGUUUGGACCUCAUUUAUCCCUAUCUAUUUGAGUUCUAAAGGCAAAUAUGUUGUGGCUGUGGAAAUAUUUACUAUACUGACAUCCACAGGAGGUCUUCUAUUAUGUAUAUUUGCUCCUAAAUGUUACAUUAUUUUGGUACAGCCAGAACUCAACAGCAGGAGACAUCUGCUAAAAGCAGAACUUCACACUUUCCACCUGAAACUAUAG